AUGCCACCAAAGUCAGUCAUCAAAUUAGAUAAAAAACAACAGACGCUUAGUCAGCUUUUGCGGAGCGAUUCCGGUGAACACGAGGUCUCGGAAACAAACACGGACAAGGAAUUCUCGAAUGAUAAUAGCCCUAAACCAAGCGGGAUUCAAAAAGUCCAUCUUACCCAUGACAUCGCCAACUUCUUCAACGAGUCAGGCAUAAGUCAAGGUCAUGUGGUUGCCCUGGUGAUGGAGAACUGCCCUGACAUGGUAUUCUACUGGAUGGGGCUGGCAAAGAUAGGGGCUAUAGGGACCCUGAUCAACUUCAACCUGAACUUCAACCUGAGGGAGGAAUCCCUGCUGUACUGUGUACAUGCCGCCCAGGCGCAGAGUGUGGUCUUCUCAGAGGAGAUGGCGCCAGGUAAUGAGCAUUUAGUUUUGACUUAUUUAUUAGAGCUGAAUUGCAUUGAAUGCUUAAGGCUUAUUGAAAUGCUAUUGAGUCUGUUUCUUGGAUUUCAGAUAUUGUUUGAUCAUAAUGAUAUGAUCAUGGACAUUGUCGCCAGAUGGCAAGGAAGUACCCAUGAUAGUAGAAUCCUUCGAGGAAGUGGGCUGUGGCAAGUGUUUGAGAGAAACCUGCUUCCACAGAAUUACCACUUUCUUCUGGGUGAUGCCGUUGCUGACAUAUCCAGGGAUCUUCCAAAGUCAUGCAGCCUGUAUUACAUUGGCAGUGGACAGUGCCCAGUGGUGAGUGCAGUCAGUCUGGAUCCGUUGUUCAUUUACAUGGCCAGUGCUGUGAACAUGAUGCUGGGACUAACUGAUCAAGACAUUCUAUACGACCCUCUACCCCUGUAUCACACAGCAGGGGGCAUUAUUGGUAUGGGACAGGCAUUUCUAUGGGGGACCACUGUGGUCAUCAAGAAGAAAUUCUCAGCCAGUGGAUUCUGGGAUGACUGUUUGAAAUAUAACUGUACAUGUCCAGUCAAUACUGACAACACCAUUGGGGCCUGUGGUUUCACGUCCAUGAUUGCUCCGUUCAUGUACCCAGUGACCUUGAUAAAGGUCGACGAGGACAAUAACAUCAUGCGGGACAGAAAUGGAGUCUGUGUUCGGACAAAACCAGGUGAACUCGGAGAGUUGGUGGGAAAAAUAGUGGCAGGUGAACCCCUGAGAAAGUUUGAUGGCUAUGCGAGCAAGGAAGCCACUGAUAAGAAGGUGGCCAUGAACGUGUUCAAGAAGGGAGAUAUGGCCUUCCUUACUGUUACACACAAGCUGAAGAAAACUACCCUUCAAGCAGAAGGCUCUAAUCCACACAAAACUGAAGAUCGACUGUUUUACAUGAAUAACAAAAUAGGCCAAUAUAAGCCUUUAACUCUAGAUUCUGUUUUUUUAUAUUUUAAGCCUAACUUCUAAGCAUACAUUUCAAAGCUGAUUGUAUUUCUUACAGACAUAUAUUGUUAACACUACGGUUUGUAGUUUUUAAUUGGAUGCACUCAGUUAUAUAUUUCCUGCUCAAACAUCUUGCGAUGUCUUUAUCGCCGAAGGAACACAUGGACAAUCUGCAAAAUCCUAAAGUUUUAAACCUUAAUGAGCUAACACAUAUGGUUCUACAUUUAGUAUCCUAAGUAAUAUUUAUGCCCCCCUUCGAAGAAGAGGGGGUAUAUUGCUUUGCUCAUGUCGGUAGGUCGGUCGGUACAUCCGUCCACCAGAUGGUUGUCAGACGAUAACUCAAGAACGCUUGGGCCUAGGAUCAUGAAACUUCAUAGGUACAUUGAUCAUGACUCGCAGAUGACCCUUAUUGAUUUUGAGGUCACUUUAUGCCCCCCUUCGAAGAAGAGGGGGUAUAUUGCUUUGCUCAUGUCGGUAGGUCGGUCGGUACGUCCGUCCACCAGAUGGUUGUCAGACGAUAACUCAAGAACGCUUGGGCCUAGGAUCAUGAAACUUCAUAGGUACAUUGAUCAUGACUCCCAGAUGACCCCUAUUGAUUUUGAGGUCACUAAGUCAAAGGUCAAGGUCACGGUGACCUGAAAUAGUAAAAUGGUUUCCGGAUGAUAACUCAAGAACGCAUACGCCUAGGAUCAUGAAACUUCAUGGGUAGAUUGAUCAUGACUUGCAGAUGACCCCUAUUGAAUUUGAGGUCACUAGGUCAAAGGUCACGGUGAUUCGAAAUAGUAAAAUGGUUUCCGGAUGAUAACUCAAGAACGCAUACGCCUAGGAUCAUGAAACUUCAUGUGUAGAUUGAUCAUGACUCGCAGAUGAUCCCUAUUGAUUUUCAGGUCACUAGGUCAAAGGUCAAGGUCACGGUGACCCGAAAUAGUAAAAUGGUUUCCGGAUGAUAACUCAAGAACGCAUACGCCUAGGAUCAUGAAACUUUAUGGGUAGAUUGAUCAUGACUCGCAGAUGACCCCUAUUGAUUUUCAGGUCACUAGGUCAAAGGUCAAGGUCACGGUGACCCAAAUAUUGUAAAAUGGUUUCCGGAUUAUAACUCAAGAACGCAUACGCCUAGGAUCAUGAAACUUCAUGGGUAGAUUCAUCAUGACUCGCAGAUGACCCCUAUUGAUUUUCAGGUCACUAGGUUAAAGGUCAAGGUCACGGUGACCUGAAAUAGUAAAAUGGUUUCCGGAUGAUAACUCAAGAACGCAAACGCCUAGGAUCAUAAAACUUCAUGGGUAGAUUGAUCAUGACUGGCAGAUGACCCCUCCCAAUUUAUUAUGCCCCCCUUCGAAGAAGAGGGGGUAUAUUGUUUUGCUCAUGUCGGUCUGUCGGUCGGUCUGUCGGUCCAUCCACCAGGUGGUUGUCAGACGAUAACUCAAGAACGCUUGGGCCUAGGAUCAUGAAACUUCAUAGGUACAUUGAUCAUGACUCUCAGAUGACCCCUAUUGAUUUUGAGGUCACUAGGUCAAAGGUUAAGGUCACGGUGACCAGAAAUAGUAAAAUGGUUUUUGCAUGAUAACUCAAGAACGCAUACGCCUAGGAUCACGAAACUUCAUGGGUAGAUUGAUCAUGACUUGCAGAUGACCCCUAUUGAUUUUGAGGUCACUAGGUCAAAGGACAAGGUCCCGUUGACCCGAAAUAGUAAAAUGGUUUCCGGAUGAUAACUCAAGAACGCUUGGGCCUAGGAUCAUGAAACUUCAUGGGUAGAUUGAUCAUGACUUCCAGAUGACCCCUAUUGAUUUUGAGGUCACUAGGUCAAAGGUCAAGGUCUAGGUGACCCGAAAUAGUUAAAUGGUUUUCGGAUGAUAACUCAAGAACGCAUAUGCCUAGGAUCAUGAAACUUCAUAGGUAGAUUGAUCAUGACUUGCAGAUGACCCCUAUUGAUUUUGAGGUCACAAGGUCAAAGGUCACGGUGACCCGAAAUAGUAAAAUGAUUUUCGGAUGAUAACUCAAGAACGCUUUUGCCUAGGAUCAUGACACUUCAUAGGUACAUUGAUUGUGACUCGCAGAUGACCCCUAUUGAUUUUCAGGUCACUAGAUCAAAGGUCAAGGUCACAGUGACAAAAUCGUAUUCACACAAUGGCUGCCACUACAACGGACAGCCCAUAUGGGGGCAUGCAUGUUUUACAAACAGCCCUUGUUUUUAACGAAACAAUCCUUCAAAAAAAUGUUUAUAUAAUAAGUGUUCAAUCGCUGUCUCUUCUGUGUCAAUACGUAAUGUUCCCAAGAAGCGGUGUCAUAAAAAGUAUUUAUAUAAGUAGUUUGAUUUACUGUAUACUAGUUAGUGUUUGUCUAAUUACGUUACUUAUAGAUAAAACUGUCCAAACAGACACCAUCGUUUAUCGAACGACUAUUUUAGAAAUCAAAUAUAAUUGUAUGCUCAUUCUACAACCAAAUCGAUCGUAUAACAGCCAAAUUUGCGAACGUUACCUUUGUAUCGUUAGUUAGAGUCUCAUUUGAGAUCAGGUAAGCGACCGCCUUUUCUAGAUCGCAACUUUCUUUAUUGACCGUCAAUUGUUCUUCUUGUUUAAUAAUUAUUUUGAACAAUUUAUUAGGCUAAAAUAAUUGAAAAUAAAGUGUGUGUCUAAAACAUGUCUAAAUAUUUUUCAAUAAAUAGUUUUAAAUGUUAAA